ACAUAUUCCAUUGAGCUUCCUCCUCAGCUGUCAAAGCCUCUGCACACCAUUGCUCGAGGUAGCAAAAUCAUCUUUUUAUUUAGGAUUUUAGGCAGAGCUUAAUCUGAGAUGGAGGGCCAGCGCUGGUUACCACUGGAAGCAAACCCAGAGGUUAUGAACCAAUUUUUACGGCAGCUUGGCUUGGUACCCACCUGGCAGUUUGGAGAUGUGUACGGCUUGGAGCUUGAAGUUCUCAGUUUGGUGCCAAGGCCUGUGUGCGCUGUACUUUUGCUCUUCCCUAUAACAGAGAAGUAUGAAACCUUUAGACAGGAGGAAGAGGCAAAAAUUAAAGGACAAGGACAAGAGGUGUCCUCAGAUGUGUACUUUAUGAAACAAACCAUCGGCAAUGCUUGUGGAACAAUAGGGCUCAUUCAUGCUGUGGCAAACAAUCAAAAUCAUCUAGAGUUUGAGCUCAAUUCACCACUUAAGACAUUUUUACUCCAGUCUGCAAAGAUGAGUCCAGAAGAAAAGGCAGCUUUCCUUGAAAAAGAUGAGAGUAUUCGAGUAACACAUGAAUCAAGUGCUCAGGAGGGACAAACAGAGGCUCCAGGUUUAGAUGAAAAAGUGGAUUUGCAUUUUAUUGCCUUCGUAAAUGUUGACGGGCAUUUAUAUGAACUGGAUGGUCGCAAACCUUUUCCAAUUGUUCAUGGAAAGACCACAGAGGACACAUUUCUUGAGGAUUCUGCAGAGGUCUGCAAGAAGUUCAUGGCCCGUGAUCCUCAGGAGCUUCGCUUCACUGUGGUGGCUCUUUCUAAAGCAUAAAUCUCCUUGUUAUUUAAGAGAAAAACUGCCAAUCAUUCAGAAGUGCUGAAUACUUUAAACGUUUAGCGUUUAUACAGUAUAACUUCAGUUUUGACUAACCUUUAAAGUUUGUUAAAAGUUUGACCACUACAAGACAAAUUUGAUGCAAAA